GGAAUUUGGUGAGCUAACGUAGUCGUAGAGCGUCGGCUAGUCCACAACAGAGAUGUCGUUGUCAAUAUAUUCAGUUUAUUGAUCGACCUCGUUGCAUUUAAAAUACAUUUUCAUAGCGCGUACUUAUAGCUUAUUCCGUGAAUUUCCCCAUUUCCUCGACAAAGUAACUUUCGAUUGGGCCUCGACAUCAUGCUGGACGUAGUGAGAUUUGCGCAAUAUAAUGGCAGCACUACACCUUCGCCUUUGGAGAACAUAUCAACAUUCCCGACCUGGCAGCCCGACACUGAGGCCAACAUCUCUAAGCCCCACACAUGUCUUCAGGUUCUCUAUGAGGACAUUGGGGACUCAAGGGUGCGUUUCUGGGACCUGCUGUUGCUGGUGCCAAAUGUGGCGUUUUUCAUUUUCCUGAUGUGGAAACUCCCCUCCGCCAGGGCCAAGAUCCGCCUUACCUCCAGUCCCAUCUUCAUCACCUUUUACCUGCUGGUUUUUGUGGUGGCGGCGGUGGGAAUAACAAGGGCCAUAGUAUCCAUGACAGUGAGCGCAUCCAGCGCAGCCACUAUCAUAGACAAGGUGCUGUGGGAGAUCACUCGGUUCUUCCUGCUUGCUAUUGAACUGAGCGUCAUCAUCCUCGGCCUCGCUUUUGGGCACCUGGAGAGCAAGUCCAGUAUAAAGCGCGUGCUGGCCAUCACUGCUGUCCUCGCUUUGGCCUAUUCGAUUACACAGGGCACCCUUGAGAUUCGGUAUCCAGACCAUCAUCUGUCUGCAGAGGAUUUUAAUAUCUAUGGCCACGGAGGGAGACACUUCUGGUUAGCCAGUUCCUGCUUCUUCUUUCUGGUGUAUUCCCUGAUCGUCAUCUUGCCUAAAACUCCAUUAAGAGAACGGCUAUCACUGCCAUCUAAGAAGAGUUUCUAUGUGUAUGCUGCCGUUCUCUCUUUGCUGAACCUCGUCCAGGGCCUGGGAAGUGCCCUGCUUUGUGCUGGGAUCAUAGAGGGACUAUGCUGUGUGGACGUCACCACCUUCCUUUACUUCUCAAUCUUCGCUCCUCUCAUCUACAUCACGUUCCUCCGGAGAUUCUUUGGCUCAGAGCCCAAGAUCCUGUUCUCCUACAAGUCCCAGAUGGACGAGCCCGAGGAUAGCGACGUCCACCUGCCUCCCACCUCUGCCGCCGGAAUGGGCCGCAAGGAGCAGCCCGACCAGGGCCUCUACUACUCCUCCACGCAGAUCGACGGCUCGGGGUCCGCAACGGCAGGGGCCUACCUGGACGACGUGGUCUCCGGCAGCGUCUUCAGCAUCAACCGCUGGAGGCCUAUCAACGUGUAAAGAGAGCGAGAGAGAGAGAUGGAACCAUGGAUUUCCGGAUUGAGGAUUGUUGGUGUGUAUAAAAAGCAGUCCAGCCAGGAUAAGGAUAAACAAAGAGGAGUUGUUUGGAGGGGACGUUGCAAGCCACUUGUGUGACUUACAGACGAAUGAGAGUCCUCUUCAGUGUGUGACUGCCGGAGCAGCGUUUUUCGACCCCUACGAAGAACACUGUCGUUCUGUAUGGUUCACAAUGGCUACCCAAUGGUCGAUGGAGCAUUUCAUAUUGGUUCAUUCCCUGCCUUCAUUCCAGAUGUGUGUUCUCUGUUCUCUCUGUUGAUCGGCCGGUCGAGGGAUCUGUAGUCUGCACUGAGUCUCUGGUGAAAAGCUCUUCAGUAUUAACCGUGUGUACAAUUCCAUCUAUGGCUGACUUGAACUCUGCCUUUUUUGGGGUUCAUUUCCCCCUUGUGUCAAAUGGCAGUGCCUCCCACCCAUUUUUUGAUAUUUCCUUUUUUUUUAGCAAGGACUAAUCGCUACUGCAUUCCCAUUGUUGUUUAAGUGUUGGACUUCUGCAAGCAGUGGUGCUGUGUUCUCUUCCUGUAGACAUGUGAAAGGCUGUGCCGUGGUGUCAUCUGUAUCACUGUUGUAGUGGUGCUUAGGAAAUGCCUGUAAAAACGCUGGCUUCUUAUGUCUUUGUGAAGGAAGAACACCAGUUUUACUACCUACUAAAGCAGGAAUCACUCGCUGCUGGAGGCAGCCGAGACACGAGACGCUCAUCCCAUAGUGUUUUUCUUAGUCCCUUGUAUUUAUUGCAGAGAUUCACUUUGAUGGCAAGUAAUCAUUCCCCUGUUGGAGAUGGAGUUGCCUUAAGAGGUGAGAUAUGGCACUUAAUUGCAUUCAAUCGUUAUAGAAAAUUUCAUUUCAUCCCAGAAGGUGUAAUUAUUUAUAAGCCAACAUCUACAUUCCAAUCUUGGGACAUGCAAUUCUAUAUGCCCUGUUGAAAGUAAGAGAGGUUUCUGUAUUGUGGUUCAGUCUUUAUUUGUGACAAACCAUGUAUAUGCCGGUUUGCAUUUGUGUAUGCAACCGGUAAUCACAGAUGUAUGAUAGAUGAUAGGGCUAUGCUGUUUUUGUGUCCCUCACUCAGCAUAUAAAAUUACAGUGACUAUAUACUGCCGUCUAUAACAGCAGGAUUGUAUUCAGCAAAUUUAAUUAAAUGACUUGAAUAGAGCUUUAUCUAAAAGAGCAGGUACUCAUUUCCAUAUCUUAUCAAUAGCUCAUUUGGGUGAUGUAACUAACAUUCCAAUAGAGUAAAUUCCAUAAUUUUUUCUUAAUGCCUGCUAGCCAGUUGUCUGUGAAUAUUGACAUAGUGCUGGAAAAUAUAUACAUUUAGACUGGAAAUAUGAAUGUAUUAAAAGCUGAACUGUGCUGUGCAAUCCAUCUCAGAGUGAACUGUAUGCAGAAUCGAUGUAAAUUUCUUUGUUAAAUCAUUGUAUUUUUGCAGCAAAUAUUUCUUUGCAGUGUCAACAUUGACUGGAUUUUCAGAUUUAUCCAUUUGAUUUUGAGUGCUAAAAUUAUUGUCUUAAAAUGUUAUGCAGGUUUCAGGCUCUCCGUUUAGGCACAAUGACGAUGAAUACGAUUCGGCACCAAUAUGCUAUAGCUACAUUGUUUAUAGUAUGCUACUGAUAAUGGUGAUUUUAACUGGUUGAAAUUUUAAGGAGGAGCAACAGUAAAGUACGUUUUGUGAAUUAUGUCCAGAUAAAUGUAUGAUUAAGGUUACGGCUCCGCCUGCUGGUUAUGCAAGGUAUUAAAAACAUCUAUCUGCUUAUUA